CGCCUUCUGCUACCCUGUUCUUCUUGGUCCCCGAACCACGUAAGCGUGAGCCGCAGAACGCAGGUGAUUCCGCUGCCGCGGCCCUGAGCUUUUAGACCACAGGCAUGAGCUUUCUGGCGGCCGGGCUGUUGCGGAACAAAGUGGCCAUCGUCACCGGCGGGGGCACGGGUAUCGGAAAGGCCAUCGCUAAGGAGCUCCUGCACCUGGAGUGUAAUGUGGUUAUUGCAUCUCGUGAAUUUAAGAAAUUAAAAACCACUGCAGAUGAACUAAAAGCAAGCCUGAUUCCUACCAACAAGGCUCAAGUCACACCCACACAAUGUAACAUCCGGAAAGAAGAGGAGGUGAACAAUUUGAUCAAAUCUACUUUGGAUAUUUAUGGUAAGAUCAAUUUCUUGGUAAACAAUGCAGGAGGCCAGUUCCUAUCUCCUGCUGAGCGCAUCACCUCGAAGGGAUGGAAUGCUGUGAUUGAAACCAACCUGACAGGCACUUUUCUCAUGUGCAAAGCAGUUUACAGCUCCUGGAUGAAAGAACAUGGAGGAUCUAUUGUCAAUAUGUCUGCGGUUGUUGGAAAUGGAUGGCCAGGAGCUGCGCAUAGUGGAGCUGCAAGAGAAGGUGUUUGCAACCUUACCAAAUCCUUAGCUCUGGAAUGGGCCAACAGUGGAGUAAGGAUAAAUUGUGUUGCUCCUGGAGUUAUUUAUUCCCAGACUGCUGUUGAGAACUAUGGUGAAGUUGGAGAAGAGCUAUUUGGAAGAUAUUAUCAGAGUAUCCCAGCUAAACGAAUUGGAGUUCCUGAGGAGAUCUCCUCCAUAGUGUGCUUCCUGCUGUCUCCUGCAGCUUCCUUUAUCACUGGACAGUCGGUGAAUGUGGAUGGUGGCCUGUCUCUGUAUACUCACUUUUCUAACAUACCAGAUCAUGACAAUUGGCCCGAGGGAGCAGGGAACAUUUCUGUUGUCAAAAGGCUGAAGGAGAAUUAUAAGCAGAAAGCUAAGCUCUGAACUGUGGAAGCGGGAGUGGCCUUGGACCCUGAAUGUUUUAGCAUCUUCUUGAGGGUGCACUUCUGAAUUGUAGAAGAGCUAAAAACUUGGAUAGAAAAUAAUCACUGCUGCAUUUUUACUUAUUGAUUAUAUUUGUAUAAUGACUAUUUCUGAAAUCAAUGUAUUUUUAUGUCCCCAGCAAUGUCUUGUAAAUUGUGGAUAAGGAAAUGUUUUUA